CCCGUCUGAGUGGGGGCCAGGUGUAACAUACCUGGGUACCUAGGUAGGUAUUAAUUAAAAGCCCUCUUUCCAACUUGCAUUAGCUUAUUUGUAACUUUACACGAAUUUCUUUCUUCAUAAUCGCAAAAGCAAAUGCCGCAGAGCUUCUGCCUACCUCGGCCAUGUUUCUAGAGACAAUUAUGCUCGUAGGAGCUGUGUGGGCAGUCGCCAGCAUCUUCGACAGCCUUUCCCAGUCUUCAGCUGGCUUGCCAAGGGUUGGAACAAGUCCCGGACCUUUCUCCCUUUACAUGUGGUGGGCUCGAUGGAAGUGGUAUAAGCGUGGUCACGAAGAUGUGAUAGAGGCCUAUAAACAGUCCAAACAUACGAACUAUGUUAUCCAGACAUUGAUGGGCGAUACCGUCGUGCUUGCACCUAAGUUCCUCAAUGAGCUUAAUAUGCUCCCGGAGUCUAAGCUCAGCUCCACUGCAGCCUUGGUGGAUAGCGUAAUGGGUCAAUAUUGCGGCGUGGAUCUUCUCUUGCGCGACCACUUGACCUCUGAUAUCUGCAGGGGCCCGUUAACGAGAAAUCUACCAAUAUUCCUACCCCAGAUGGCAGAGGAGCUUCAUGCGGUCAUGAAUGAGCAAUUAAGCCAGCGGGAACCUGAGAUAUCUUGUGUCGCUUAUGACUUCUUGUUUUCCUUCAUUCAUCGCAUUUCAUCCUUAGUCUUCGUUGGCAAAUCAUACUGCCACAGCUCGAUUUGGACGAGUGCUGUCACAAACUUACCUAUCGAUGUCGAAAUCACAAAAUUCCUCCUGUUGCCAUUCCCGGCAUUUCUUCGAUGCUAUAUUGCACCUCUAAUUCCGCAGCGAAACCGCAUCUUCCGUCAGCGUGCUGCCGUGCGAGACCUUCUCUUUCCCCAAUCGGAACCAAUAGAAGCCAAACAGGAGCCAAGUGUAAUGAAGCUUUUCAUUGAAAGUGGAAAGGACAAAGAUGCAGACAGUAUUACUGCCAGACUUCUACUCUUGACGGCGGCCGCACUCCAUACGUCUUCCAUGGCAAUUACACAUGCCAUCUUCGAUCUUUGCACUAUGCCAGAAUACAUAGAACUUUUGCGAUGCGAAGCGCAAAUAGCGCUUGCUCAAGACAAUGGUCAAUGGCACCUUUCGACUAUCAAGAAGCUUCGUCGGCUGGACAGUUUCCUGAAAGAGUCGCAACGUAUGAAUCAGUCCACGUUCCUUGGUUUUGAUCGCAAGGUUAUGUCUCCCAUUGAGCUGUCUGAUGGAAAGACUGUGCUCCAACACGGAGCUUCAAUCGUCAUCCCCGGAGGACCCAUGUCACGCGACCCAUCAUUCUAUGUGAAUCCCCAGCAUUUCGAUGGUCUUCGCUUCUAUCGCCAAUACGAAGAUGCCAAUGUCAGGUCUAAGACCAGUAUGCAACAGGACUAUACAGGCAUUGAACCAGGCAAUCUCUCAUGGGGCAAUGGCAGGUUCACAUGCCCAGGACGAUGGUAUGGAGCCGCAAUGAUUAAACUGAUCAUAGCGAACUUACUACUCAACUACGACAUUUCGUUUCCUCCUGGGCAGACAGAACGACCGCCGAAUACGAAGUACGACACGGAGGUACACCCGAACUUUGAACAGAAAAUCGUCCUGAGGAAGAGGAGGGAUGAGUGAUUACUCUCACCGGCAUUUGUAAAUUGCUUAAUGAUAUGAAUUUUGGGCGGAAAAUUUGAACCAUGAGCCUCGUCUCUUGAUCGACGCGUACACUAAUCAGAUACCAAUGACCCUGGAGGUGUAUAGGUACAUGCACUAUAUUUUACCUACCUACGAGGUACCUAA